AUGGGGCAAGAUGAGUGGAGGGCGCUGCUGCCAGUCAUGAUGACCCGCUUCGACGCGCUUUACCCCAGUGCCACCUACCAGCACCAGGUGCAGCAGCUGUGCCUGCACACCAUGCUCGUGCUCUUCAGGCUGUGCCCCGCGCUGCUGCUCGCUGUACAGCCCACCAUAGUUCGCGUCAUCACUGCUCCGAUUACAUCCAUGGCCCAGGUAACCGCUGAAGUCAUUGAAGCAUUCUGUGAGUUUCCCUGUGCAUGCCAGCCCACCAUAGUGCACGUCAUCACUGCUCCGAUUACGUCAAUGGCCCAGGUAGGUAUUUCUUGGUACCACAGCAAGCCUAGUCCUUUGACCACACGUGACUUUGUUCGAGUUCCUAUUGUUUGCCCCCUCUGCUCCCCUGCAUUGAAGCGUGCUGGCCAGCCAGUCUAG